AUGAACGCACUCUUCGCCUUGGGCUCUAACGGCUCCGGACAGCUCGGGAUUGGCCACCGCGAGGAUGUGUCUGUCCCGAAGCCCGCGCACUUCCACCCUACGCAGCCCGACGCGCCGCCCAUCGUCAAGGUGGCCGCCGGCGGCAACCACACCCUGCUGCUCAGCGCGGCCGGCCGGGUCUACUGGAGCGGCGACCCGGCGACGGGGGCGUGCGGCCUCGGGCCGGUCACCGAUGUGCCCGCAUUCCAGGAGCUGCGCUUGGUGCGGGACGGGAGCGAAGAGAUUGUCAGUGUCUCCCUGAUCGCGUGCACGUGGGAGGCCUCGUUCGUCGUGGCGAGGGAUGCGCAGGGCAGGAACACGAAGCUCUACAGCCUCGGGGUCGGCGCGAAGGGGGAGCUGGGCCAGGGGGAGCUGAUGGUGCGGACACCGUCGGCGACGAGGUUCAAGGACUUCCCCCCGGCGGGCGCUUCAAUUGUGGACAUGUCUGCCGGGAUGGGCCACGUCGUCGUGGUGCUGAGCAACGGCGACGCCUACGGCUGGGGCAACUGCCGCAAGGGACAGGCCGGCGCGCCUGAGCAGGUCAUCUAUUCACCGCGAAAGGUCGAGGGUCUGGGGUUCAAGGCCACCCGCGCUGUGUGCGCAAAGGAAUUGACUGCAUUCUUCGGCGAGCCCGGCAGCGGCAACCUCGCCGUGCUCGGCCUCGACAAGUGGAACUUGUCUUCGGGCAAGCCGGCGCAGGUGCCGCCCUGGGCCGACGUGGGAGCUAGCUGGGGAAAUAUAUACAUUCUCGGCACCGACGGCACUCUUCUCGGUUGGGGCCGCGACGACCACGGCCAGCUGCCACCGGCCAACCUGCCCAAGCUCACUAAAAUCGCGAUCGGCAGUGAGCACGUGGUUGCGUAUGCGGAGGGCGGCGACGUCCUCUCCUGGGGCUGGGGCGAGCACGGCAACUGCGGACCGCAAGUUGAGAAUAAUGAUGUAAAGGGCCGCUGGAAUGUCAUUGCCUCGUCCAAAUAUAUCCCAUCAGACUCGCAAAUAGCAAGUAUCGGUGCUGGCUGCGCAACCAGCUGGGUCUGCAUAACGCCGCGGUGA